AUGGACUUGCGACCUGAAAGCUUCCUUCCCACUCACAACGUCGAGACAUUUGCGAAUUCUUUGACUGCCUCCAUAUCCUCCAUAAUAUCGGAUCAAGGGCCUCCUUCUGGGCUGUAUUUUCUUACUGGUAGCGCUACGAGUAGCGGCACUAGCAUUAAUGCACAGGGUCCAGAAAUAGCCUUGAGAGAUAUGGCAAAGAAAGCCACGGAAGAUAUAGAGAGCUGUACUCGAUAUCUAAUGAACGACUCUUCACUUGGCUUAUACCGUAUCACUGACUAUAUUCAUAAAAAAUUACCUCAAAUAGUGGAGGAAAAGAAGGGUAUGAAAACUGUUGGUAAUGAAGUGAAUAUAGCCAAUUCAAACGCGAGGGAUUCGUUAGACGUGGUCAAGUCAAUGCAGAGUAUACCUUCCGUUGAUAACAUAAGCGACAUGUUGAAAACAACGAUCAGUAUUCUGGAAAAAGCAAAAAAGGAUAAGCAAUAA